AUGCCAAAAUCCAUCUCCUUCGACAUCCUCGGAACCUGCUUCGCCUUCGAAUCCGCCAUCCAAGCCAUCCACACCCGUCUGGGCCCCAAACUCGCCCAAGUAAACGCAUCCCCGAAAUCCGUCUUUUUCGGCUGGUUUUUCGCCGCCCAGCGCGAUUUCACCUACACAUCCAUGUCCGGCUCCUACACGCCCAUCGCACAAAUUCUGAAAUCUACGUUCCGGCGCGCGUGCGCGGUGAAUGACCUUCCACUUUCGGAGAUUGGUGAGGGGGAUGUGGAGGCUGUUAUGGCGGAGAUGAAGACAUUGAAGCCCAGGGCUGGGUUGAAGGAGUGUUUUGACGGGUUGAGGGGUGCGGGGUGGGAUGUUUUUGGGGUUACGAAUGGGGGGAAGGAGAUCAGUUUGGGGUAUUUUGAGGGCGCGGGGAUUUUUUUGGAUGGGGGGCAUUUGGUUUCUUGUGAUGAGGUGGGGGUUGCGAAGCCUGAUGGGAGGGUUUAUGAGUUUGCGAAGAGGGUUUUGAGGAGUGCUGGACAUGAUGAGGAGGAGGAGGAGGAAGAGAGGUGGUUUGUUGCGGCUCAUGCGUGGGAUUUGAUGGGUGCGAGGAAGGCGGGGUUUAGGACGGCGUUUUUGAGGUUCGAGGAGCAUGAUCCUUGUACGGAUGUUUUUGGGGAGUUUGAUCUUUAUGUACAGGAUAUGGGGGAGUUGUUGGAGAAGAUGAAGGAGUUGCCGUGA